UUUUUUGGGUCCGAGUAGUAAUUCAUACUUUAUGGUGCGAUUUUCGUCACUAUGGAUAAUAUUCCUUAUCGGGCUUUGAUGACGUUUCUUUUUUUAUACCAGUCAGUGUGCUCUUCUACCCCCUCCACUUGCUGCAGACCUGGUUUGCCCGAGAAUGAUUCCAAUUGUGUAAGGUGUCAUGAAAACUAUUAUUGUUACGUCAGACAGGGAAGACCCAAGUGUGAAAAGUGCAACCACUGUGAUGCUACGGACAACCUGGUAGGGAUUACAAACUGUUCCUGGACCACUAAUCAGCACUGCCAUUGUAAGGAAGGCUACUUUUGUUCCAGUUCAGUGGAGUCUACAUGCCGGAGGAAAUGUCAGCCGUGUCCGCCAGGCCAAUACUCCAGUGUAACCUCUUUAGCCAAAUCGUGCAAGAUACACACAAAUUGUUCCAAAUUAGGAAUGGUUGUGAUAAAGGAAGGAACAAGAACACAGGAUACUGAGUGUGGCCAUCUCGAAUCUCUGAGUACUACUUCUGUGUCUGCCUCUAUGUCCUCAAAAAGUCAUAGCAAAGAGUCCCUUCCCAGUCAGACCACCAGUCCAUAUGUAUCUGAAAAGACCUUCCUCAGUUCUACAGGUGUCUCUUAUCCAAAAUCCCACACAACUGAGAGAAUCUCCAGAGACGCAAACCUGAGGUUCUCCACAGGCACAAAUCCAAACCCUGAUACACAGGUUGAUCUGCGUCCAUCUCAGCAGUUACUGUUGAUAGUACUCCCUGUAGUACUUGUUCUGUCAGUGGGGCUGGCUGUCUGCAUCAAGUGCUGCAAAAGCAAGAACCUAAAGAACACACUGCGGUGGAUAGAUGUACCACUAUGGAAAUAUGAAGCGCAUAACCAUAAAGAGAAUCCAUCAGGCAACUGUGGUCUGUCAGAGCACCAACCCCAAACAGACAGGAAUCAUUGUGUGGAGGCGCAGUUUCCACUGGGCAGUGAACAUAGAGAAGGCCCUCAAAGUCAGGGUACGGGGUCCUACCCCAGUCAAGUACAGCAAGUCACAAUGGAGCACAGUGGGAAAGGAGAAAGUGUCACAAAUACAGUAGGAUCCAUAUUCAUCUACUCCCCAGGGAUGGUGAUCCUUGGUGCCAACUCACCAGAGAGAAAGGAGGCUGCCCCAGAGCCUGGUGAGGACAGUCCACUCAUCAGCACUCCGCAACAGGAGUCCCACAACCCUCAGCAGGAUGAACAAGUGAGGCUAGGCACACAGGAGGAGGAGGGCAAAGAACUCAGUUUUCCCAUUCCAGCCACCAGCAAGUGAGAAGAAUGGAGAAUAAAGCAAAAGAUAUCCGGGUGAAAAGCCCCACCACCAACAAUGGGACUGAUCUUAGUGGGAAGAGAGGCAAGACGUCCGUAUGCCCAUUUCUUGUAAUGGACAUUAUAAUAAUCAGAACUUUUGCAACAAAGAUCUAUUUAUUUAUAGAUGUUCACCGAUACAACCAUGCAACGUGGGUGCGUGGUUGCAUGCAUUUGUUUGGGUAUGGUUGUGGGUGUUUGUGUGUUGGGCGGGAGUUGUCAGGUGUUGCAUGUUUAUUGUAAAGGUUGAAGAACUUCUUGGUGCAGAAUAUGCAAUAUGCAUUCAGAAAGUAAGAACAGUGCCCUUAAUUCCGGUCCGCUCUCACUUCCCAGUUCAACGUACUCAAAAGCUGGUACAAUGCACACUGUGACAUCUGAAAGGAUUUGCAGCACAAGAAAUGAGAACUAAGAAAUAAAAAACAUUUAUAAAGAAUGCAAGUGCUUGCCAAGUGCAAGCUAAUCUAAAAUACCUCAGCUUCGCUUAGUA